CCUAAGUGCAUAACUCUCGACUUCUAGCUGGUCAGUGCACAUGAACUGAAAACAAUUUGUUGACUUUCCCCCAAAGUAAACAAACUCUGAUAAUAUUGGCUCCAUGCCCCAGCUCGCUUGAACGAAUCCAGCUCUCCUAUUCAUCGACCAUGGCGCGUCGCUCAGCUCGCAUCGCGAGCGCUUCCAAGAGGACUGCCGCUUCGCCGGCGCCUCAAUUAGGCGCUCUUUCCGAGUAUGAUGAGCACACCCCAACAUCCACAAGGCCAGCUGCUGCUCAGAGCCUCGAUACUAUCGCAUCUUCCCCAAUGCAUCAACCCGCUACCCCCGCUGUAGCUUCGCCUGUCAAGCUGCCGAUGUCAGAGAGGCAUCCCAGCAAGGUUCACCCCACUACUGCGGCACCUGCGCCAGGCCUCAACCUUGGGUUUGUCGAUAUUGACUACACCAAGAAACCCAACGAAGGCUCCGGGGUGAUCCUAUCUACCCCGUCCAAAACGCCCAUGCCGUCUUCGGAAUUUACCUUCCGCUACACUAGACCCAACCGUGGUGGCGAUGAGGGACUAACCCCCGCAGCUAAGAAGAUGAUGGAAGGUAUCCGCGAGGAGGCUGCAAAAAUCAAGGUUGAACUCUCUGCUAAGCGUGAACAAGAGAAGGAGGAAGAGGUCGCCAACGAAGGUCGUAAGAUUCGCUCGGCCAAAGGAAAAGCUGGCCGCUUUAGCGCUGUUCAUAUGGCCGAAUUCAAAAAGAUGGAUUCUAUCGAAAACCACCCCUCAGCAUUCCGAGCCGUCCCUGGCCGCUUUACCCCCGUGAAAGCCAGCCUCAAACGUAGCCAAUCGAAAGCAAACCUCGACGAACCUGAUUCGGCACGAUCUAAGAAAUCUUCUUCCCGCCCAGUGCCAAGUGCUCCCGAGAAGGAGCAGGAGCAGCUUGAGUCGCCUGUCAAACGUACAAAGCAGCGAGUUGAGGACGACGUGUCCGCCCUCCGUCCCGUCUCGCGGGAUGGUAGCUUCAUUCCUCGACCCAAGAGUAGCGGUAAUGAUUCGAUUCGUAGCGGUAUCCCUCGCUCGCAUGCGCUUGCCAAUCUCAUGACGCCAACUAAAUCAUCGCUUGCCCGUGCGAAUAGCGUCAAGGCUCCCAGCGUCACGUUGACGAAAUCUAUCAGCAAGCCGGAUCUUAGUGGCCUUGCUAAAUCCCCAAGCAAGCCAGACCUUGGUAGUCUCGCUAGAUCCUCUAGCAAGAAAGGUAUUAAUACUCUAAAGAAGUCUAUGUCGAACAAUGCCAUUACGGAUAACAAGCCCACUCAUGUUCAAACGCCUGGUCGAUUUGAUAGAGUCAAGUCGAUCCUAAAGAAACAGAUGGGCGGGUCCAAACCAAAGUCCAAUAUUCCUCAGCUUGCUGCGUCUCCUUCAAAGACAUCUCUCCAAGAGCGUAUUGACGAGGAGCUACCUCAGGCGCCGCUUACCACCCCUGGACGAAAGCUGGAGCGACGCGUGAACUUUACCCCAGUGGUUAAACGAGCCACUAUGCUCCUAGAUUCUCCUUCGCCUGUUAAGUCGAGCAUUCCACGCUCGAAGGCCUUAUCUCACCUUCGAUUUGGCAGUUCCGUUGCUGAGAAGCCGGCUAAUGACAAGGCUUCCGAGGGCGAGGUUACAUAUCCCGAUCUCUCAGCUUACUGUCGAGAUGUAAACGAGGAAGCCGAAAAAUCUGCCACGAGCCAGCCCCCCGAAUCAGUUCCUGGUACUUUCACCUUCCGCAGCGAUCAUACUAUCAGCUUUGACAGCGUCUCUCCCCAAGGAUUUGGCGGCGCUGCUGGUCAGGCUAGUCUCCGCCACGUUCGAAAUUCUAUCAUGCCCGGUAGUUUCCCAGGUCAACUUGAGGUGUCCCCUAACAAAGAGAACAAAGAUCCGGCAGUAGGAUCCGGUAUCCCCCAUGGAAUGUCAAACAAGAAGAGACAUAGAGCAACCUGGGACGAAGAGGAAGAGGAGGAUGAAGGUAGCAAGCGUGGUGCAAAGAAACAACGCAAGGAUCCGCAGGCAGUUGAAGGAUAUGCCCUCAUCGCACCUCGACUGGUGGGCGAAUCACCAAUCAAGAAGCUUGGUGAAACGGCCAACACCCCUAGCCCACAAAAGAAGAAGAAGAAGGGUGGCCUCAGCCUCAGCCGGCUAAACAUGCUCGCUCGACCAAAGGUCCGAAAGUAAUUGAUUUCAUAUUAGGCGUUUAUCAACCUCCCGGCAUAUUGGCAUUACGGAACGAAUCACGAUAUCUGACAGUAUGAAGAAGCUCGUGCUAUUGCAAUCAUUGUUCAGGAUAUCUGGAUUCAGAUUGUUGACAGAAACAUGAUGGCGUAAUGGGUUUCAUCUCUGGAGUCCGAAAUUCAUGUACAUUACACUAGCAAUGUCGCACCCAGAUGGGGAGACUUGGCUAGUUUUCUUUUCUUUUCAUUCCCGUCGGUUGAUUUGUAGUGCAUAGGGGGGGUGUUCAUGAACGGCUUUGUAAGACCACGAAAAAUCGGAGAUUUCACGAUGGAUAGGUGGCUCUCUCUUUCCUGGAGUAAUGGUGUUGGCUGGUAAUGGCGACACACAAGUCGCAAGGUUUGAGGUUUGAUAGGUUCUAGAGUUAAUGAUGAUUACGAUAUUUGGCAAUCAAUGACUUGGGUCGUGAUAGCGGGAUAGUCAUGGC